AUGUCGAUGACCAAGCGUUCUCCAGACGCUACCGAGAAGCGUCCUGACACUCCCUCCUCGGGUAGUGCUCAGCAUGGCCCCUCUGCGGCCGUACUGGCUGCUGAGCAGAAGGUGACGUUUCUGGCCAUCUUCCUCGGCCUGGUUGCCAGUAUUUCGGGUUUCUUCGAUAUGGAGGAUUAUGGUAGGCGCUUCGGUGUCUACAACGACCAGGCCGGCAAGUACGACUUCAGUGCUGCCCGCCAAGGCACCAUCGUCGGCCUGCUUUCGGCCGGUUGCCUUGUCGGCUCCCUGAUCGCCGGCCGUCUGGCCGAUAUCCUUGGUCGUCGCCUGACCAUAUCGGCUUCCGCUCUGUUCUGCUGCAUUGGCAACAUUAUUGAGAUCUCCUCUGUCUCCUCAUGGGUCCAGUUCGCCAUCGGCCGCCUGGUCACUGGUUUCGGCAUCGGCUCCCUUUCCGUCGUUGUCCCCAUGUAUCAGUCCGAGUCUAGCCCUGCUAUCCUUAGAGGUCUCCUCAUUUCUACCUAUCAGCUUUUUGUCACCCUCGGCAUCUGGACGGCCGAGAUGAUCAACUACGGCACCCACGACAUGAAGAGCUCCGCUUCGUGGCGUAUCCCCAACGGUCUUUCAUUCCUGUGGUCCCUGAUUUUGGGAGCCGGUAUCCUGGUGCUGCCUGAGUCUCCUCGUUACGCCUACCGCCUGGGCCGCGAAGAUGAAGCCCGUCGUACCAUCGCCCGGCUGGCUGGCCUCGAUAUCCACGCCGCCUCUGUGAACCAUCAGAUUGAUGAGAUUCGGGCUAAGUUGGAGGAGGAGAAGGCUGGUGCUGAGACGCGCUGGUAUGAGAUCUUCACCGGCCCCCGCAUGCUGUACCGGACGCUACUUGGUAUUACCCUACAGGCUGGUCAACAACUUACGGGUGUCAAUUUCUUCUUCUACUACGGCACUACCAUCUUCCGUGCUACCGGUCUCAAGGACAGUUACGUGACUCAAAUAAUCUUGGGGUCCGUCAACGUCUUCUGCACUUUCGGUGGCCUCUACGUUGUAAAGGCUUGCGGUCGCCGUAACGCAUUGAUGGCCGGUGCCGCCUGGAUGAUGAUUUGCUUUUUCAUCUAUUCCUUCGUCGGCCACUUCAAGCUGGAUCUCGAGAACCCGGCCAACACUCCCGAAGCUGGCAAUGUGUUGAUCGUCUUCUCGUGCCUCUUCAUCGUUGCUUUCGCUACCACGUGGGGUCCCCUUGUGUGGGCUGUCGUGGCGGAGCUCUACCCGGCCAAGUACCGCGCCCAGGCCAUGGCCCUUGCCACGGCCAGCAACUGGCUGUGGAACUUCCUGAUCGGCUUCUUCACUCGCUUCAUCACCGAUGCCAUCGAUUACCUGUACGGUCUCGUCUUCGCCGGCUGCUGCGCAGCCCUUGUCCUAGUCGUUUUCUUCUUCCUCAUCGAGAGCAAGGACCGCACCCUCGAAGAGAUUGAUACCAUGUACCUUCUUCAUGUCAAUCCCAUCACCAGCAGCAAGUGGACCGACAAGACGGGCGCUGUGACGGCCGGUAAGGCCGAGAACGGCAGCAGCAGCGAAUACUCGCCUGCCACUAGCGGCAGGCACUCGAGGCAGCAGUCAGAGCAUGUGGAGGUGCCUUGA